AUGUGUAACCUCAAUGCACUUGGAGUCUACCUUUGGGAGACCAUAGUAUUCUUCAGCCUCGCCGCUUCCAAAGAAACUGGAGCAGCAGCCCGAUCCGCUCCUAAACUCAUGUCCCCUUCAGAUUUUCUGGAUAAACUGAUGGGAAGGACGUCGGGAUAUGAUGCCAGAAUCAGGCCUAAUUUUAAAGGUCCUGCAGUGAAUGUGAGCUGCAACAUUUUUAUCAACAGUUUUGGGUCUAUUGCAGAAACUACUAUGGAUUACAGAGUGAAUAUUUUCUUGCGGCAGCAGUGGAAUGAUCCCCGGCUGGCGUACAAUGAAUAUCCAGAUGAUUCCCUGGAUUUGGACCCUUCCAUGUUGGAUUCCAUCUGGAAACCAGAUUUGUUUUUUGCUAAUGAGAAAGGGGCCCACUUUCAUGAGAUCACCACUGAUAACAAACUCCUGCGUAUCGCCAGAAAUGGCAAUGUCCUGUACAGCAUCAGGAUCACCCUGACACUGGCUUGCCCCAUGGAUCUGAAGAACUUUCCCAUGGAUGUCCAGACAUGUAUCAUGCAGUUAGAGAGCUUUGGCUACACAAUGAAUGAUCUGAUAUUUGAGUGGCAAGAGAACGGAGCGGUGCAGGUUGCUGAUGGGUUAACUUUGCCUCAGUUCAUCCUCAAGGAAGAAAAAGACUUGCGCUACUGCACUAAGCAUUACAAUACAGGCAAGUUCACCUGCAUAGAAGCCCGUUUCCAUCUGGAACGACAGAUGGGCUACUACCUGAUCCAGAUGUACAUCCCCAGCCUGCUGAUUGUUAUUCUGUCCUGGAUCUCCUUCUGGAUCAACAUGGAUGCUGCACCUGCCCGCGUUGGUCUGGGUAUCACUACUGUGCUCACUAUGACCACACAAAGCUCUGGUUCCCGAGCAUCUUUGCCCAAGGUGUCCUAUGUAAAGGCCAUUGAUAUCUGGAUGGCUGUGUGCCUGCUGUUUGUGUUCUCAGCUCUUCUGGAAUAUGCUGCUGUCAACUUUGUGUCCCGGCAGCACAAAGAGCUGCUCAGGUUCAGGAGAAGGAGGCGGCACCAUAAGGAGGAUGAUACUGGGGAAGGCAGGUUCAACUUCUCCGCCUAUGGGAUGGGACCUGCCUGCCUGCAAGCCAAGGACGGCAUCUCGGUGAAAGGAGCCAACAACAACAAUACGGCCAACCCAGCCCCGCCUCCUUCAAAGUCUGCCGACGAAAUGCGCAAGCUUUUUAUCCAGCGGGCCAAGAAGAUAGAUAAGAUAUCGCGGAUCGGCUUCCCCAUGGCUUUCCUCAUCUUCAACAUUUUCUACUGGAUUAUCUACAAGAUUGUCCGAAGGGAAGAUGUACACAAGCAGUGA